GGAAAAAUCGGAGAUGAUCCUUUCAAAAACGAUCUAGUAAUUGCUGAAUAUACAAGCUCUCAGUUAUUCAGGUCACUUCGAAAGAAGCCUAAGAUGACGGAUUGGUCAGUAAUGCCUCUAACAGUAAAUGCUGCUUAUGAUCAAAAUCAAAAUUCUAUCACUGUUCCAUUAGGAAUUUUACAAAUUCCUUUCUAUAACAGGAAAUUGCCAAAGUAUUUAAAUUAUGCGGCGAUAGGUGCAAUUAUUGGGCAUGAAAUGACACAUGGAUUUGAUACUAAAGGAAGAGAAAGAAAUGCAGAAGGAAUUAAUAUUAACUGGUGGUCAAAUAAAUCUAGAGAGGAAUUUACUAAAAGAACCCAAUGUUUUAUUGAACAAUAUAAUUCCUACGGAAUUAACGGAAUACAAACUUUAGCUGAGAACAUUGCUGAUAAUGGUGGAAUUAAAUUAGCUUAUUCGGCAUACAAGAAAUUAAAUGAUAAUCAAGAACCGUUAAAAGUUUUGCCGAAUUUUCAAACUUAUACUUCGGAUCAGCUAUUUUUCUUGUCAUAUGGCUCGAUGUGGUGUACUCAGUAUAAUCAAAUUGGUUGGAAUCUUAUAAACAAAUUAGAUCACAGUCCUUCAAUUUAUAGAGUUAUGGGCUCUUUAUCUAAUAUGAAGGAGUUUUCAGAAGCUUUUAAAUGUAAAAAGAAUGACAAAAUGAAUAGCAGGAAGAAAUGCUCAAUAUGGUGAUUUUCGUUAUCUUCGAUAUUUUUUUUCUCUUGAAAGACAGAAUCGGUUUAUCUUUUUAUGCUUUUAUUGUGAGAUAAAAGGAAUAUUUUGUUCAAUGUUAUUUUCAUAUGAAAAAUAUUUAUAAGGAGAGAAUUCAUACGUUUUUCUUGUUAGCUAACAUAUAUAUAUUUUUUUCAUUUAUUGUAUAUAUUUGUUGUUAUAAGCAAAAUAUUCCUAUUUAUCCAACUAAAUAUAAAUUACAUUUAAA